GUAUAUAUCACACUCAAUUAUAAACUCAUCUGUAAAAAAAUGAUUCUUUGAAUUUUCUGUGCAUUAUAUUUUGCAGUUACAUCUGAAGAACAAACUGAUCAAUUCUACGACUUAAGCAGUCAAGAGAGUGAUACAGUAUCUAAUAAUUCCGAUCAUGUUCAAGCUUUAUUUAGAGAUGCUGUAUCAGAGAAAGCAGACAUUGAUUCUAUGAUGUCAAGGAUUAGAAAGAUAUGUGAAAGCAAGGGGAAAACAAAAAAAACAUUGAGUACACAUUCUAUGGCAAAAAGUAUUGGUAAGUGUUUUUAUAUUAUGGUUAUAUUAAAACCUUAUAGACUGAUACUCAAACUCGAUGUUUGUAUAUGUGUAGAAUAUGUCGACGAGGGUAAUCCUACUUUCAAGUGUGACUAUUGUAAAGCCAAGAUGUGGUACGGUGAGCGCCUUGAACGGAAGAAAAGAACAAAGAAGAAUCAUGUUUUCUCUCUUUGUUGUGGUCAGGGACAAGUUCAGUUGCCUCUUCUAAAAGAAAGCCCCUUGCUUAUAAAGAAGCUUUUGUUUUGGAAUGAUGAAAUGAGCAAGUAUUAUCAAGAAAAUUUGAGAGCAAUUAAUAUGCUUUUCUCUUUUACUUCUCUUGGUGGAAAAGUUGAUCGCUCACUCCCAAAAGGACAUGGACCACAGCCGUUUCAAUUACACGGAGAAAAUAUGCAUUUGAUGGGUAGUAUGAAACCUGAGGAAGGUGAUUCAGCAAAGUUUUCUCAACUGUACAUUGUUGACAAUGAGAGAGAGGUUGAUGAUAGAGAUUCUGUAAUAAGCAAGUACAGGAAAGUUGCAGACAAGGCCAAAAAACAUAAUCUGAGAAAGAAAAUUAUCGAUCUUAUAAUUAAGAUGCUGGACGAGGUUAAUCCUUAUGUGAAGCAAUUUCGAUCUGCCCGUGAACGUUUUGGGGAUUCUGGAGCUGAAAAGUUCCAUAUGAGAAUUGUGAGCAAUCGUGAGAAAGAUGGAAGGACCUACGACACUCCAACAGCCUCAGAAGUAGCUGCUCUUAUCCCUGGUGAUUUUAAUAUAGAGAUGGAUAAGCGUGACAUUGUUUUGCAAGAGAAACAAACUGGUUGGCUCAAGAGGAUUAGUGAGAUACAUCCUUCUUAUCUCGCACUUCAGUAUCCUCUCAUUUUUUGUUAUGGCGAAGAUGGUUUCAGACUGGGAAUUAAAAAAAGAGCUACGCCAGCUACAGAGAAGCUAAAGAGGGAUAACAUCAGUAUGAGACAGUGGUUUGUCUAUCGAUUGUUUGAAAGAGAGGGCGAGUGUCGUACGUUGUUGCAUUCAAAAAGAUUGUUUCAACAAUUUUUGGUUGAUGCAUUCACUACUAUUGAAACGAACAGGAUAAAUAAUUUGAGGCAGAAUCAGACAUGUUUGAGGUCUGACGGCUAUGACUCAAUAAAGCAGUGAGAAAAAGGAAAAAAAGAUAUGAGUGAGCAAGGACAACGAUUCUUUCUGCCAGCUUCUUUUACUGGGGGACCAAGGUACAUGAAGAACAACUAUCUAGAUGCAAUGGCCAUUUGGAGACAUUUUGGUUUUCCAGAUCUUUUCAUCACAUUUACAUGCAAUCCGAAAUGGCCGGAGAUUAUUAGAUAUUUGUCUGAACGCCAUUUGAAGACAGAGGACCGUCCAGAAAUUGCUUGCCGAAUAUUCAAAAUGAAGUUGGAUUCUCUAAUGGAAGAUUUAACCGAUAACCAGAUCUUAGGGAAAACGGUUGCCUCAAUGUUUACCGUUGAGUUCCAGAAGCGUGGUCUGCCUCAUGCUCAUAUUUUGUUAUUCAUGCAUCCCACUUCUAAGUUCCCUACUACUGACCACAUUGAUAAGAUCAUAUCUGCCGAGAUUCCAGAAAAAGCCAAAGAGCCAGCACUUUAUGAAGUGGUGAAAGACACAAUGAUUCAUGGUCCAUGUGGAAUUGUUAAUCCUAAUUCACCGUGUAUGGAGAAUGGCAAGUGUUCUAAGCUAUAUCCGAAAGCACAUGUAGACAAGACAACUGUAAACAAAGAAGGCUUCCCAGUUUACAGGAGACGGGACAAUGAUCAUUUUGUAGAUAAAAAUGGUUUCAAGUGCGACAACAGAUAUGUUAUACCCUAUAACAAGGAUCUAUCACUUCGGUACAGAGUUCAUAUUAAUGUGGAGUGGUGCAAUCAAUCAGGUUCUAUCAAAUACUUAUUCAAGUAUAUCAAUAAAGGGCAGGACAAGAUGACUAUCACUGUUGAGCCGCCAAACACCGGAGCUUUGGAAAACAAUGGGAACAACCAGAAACCAAAAGAGGAGAAAAAAAAUGAAAUAAAAGAUUUUUUCAAGGGCAGUGCUAUUGCUAGAAAACUUACUUUAGCAGAGAUACCUACGAGAUUCAUUUGGGACAAAAAGGAUCGGAAGUGGAAAGACAGGAAACGAGGUUUUAGCAUUGGGAGGAUUAAUUAUGCACCACGGAAUAUAGAAGAAGCUUAUUAUUUGCGUGUCUUGCUGAAUAUUUCUGCUUCCUAUAUGCGACAUUCAUUUGCUGUCAUGCUUAUGUCCAAUAAUUUAUCAAAACCAGAAAGGGUUUGGGAGGAGACAUGGGAGAUUCUUUCCGAAGAUAUUCAGUAUAAUCAAAGAAACCAUUUUAACAGACCAGGUAACUGGAACUCGAUGCCAAAACCCAUUGGCGACAUUAAUGCUUCUCAAAACGUGUUGAUAAUGGAUGAGAUGAGAUAUGAUCAACAAGAGUUAAGAAACGCUCAUGAUAGAGACUUUUCAAAGUUAACAGACGAGCAGAAGAAGAUAUAUGAAGAGACCAUGGACGUUGUUUUGGAAAAAAAAGGAGGAGUUUUCUUUGUUUAUGGAUUUGGUGGAACGGGAAAAACGUUUUUGUGGAGGUUGCUAUCUGCUGCUAUUCGAUCCAGAGGAGAAAUUGUUUUGAAUGUUGCUUCAAGUGGUAUUGCAUCGCUUCUAUUACAAGGAGGAAGAACUGCACAUUCAAGAUUUGGUAUACCAAUCAAUCCUGAUGAUUUUACUCUAUGCAACCUAACACCAGGGACUGAUGCUGCUGAUUUGGUGAAAGAAGCUUCUCUGAUCAUUUGGGAUGAGGCACCAAUGAUGAGCAGACACUGUUUUGAGUCACUGGAUAGGAGUUUAGCAGAUAUUAUGAGAAGUGCAGAGAAGAAGCCGUUUGCAGGGAAAGUGGUUGUUUUUGGUGGAGAUUUUAGACAAAUAUUGCAAGUUAUUCACAGUGCGGGCAGGACUGAAAUAGUUUUGGAAUCUUUAAAUUCAUCCUAUCUCUGGAAACAUUGCAAGGUGCUCAAGCUAACAAAGAAUAUGAGACUGCUAUCCACUGAUAUGAGUUCUGACGAGUUGGAAGAAUUAGAGGUGUUUUCUCAGUGGAUACUGGAUGUGGGUGAUGGAUUAGCUGGUGAUGGUAACGAUGGUGAUUCACUAAUAACUAUAUCAGAUGAGUUUCUUAUUUCAGAUUCAGAUGAUCCUAUUGCAUCAAUAAGCAAAGAGAUCUAUGGAGAUGCAACAGCUCUACAACAGAACAAAGACCCUAAAUUCUUUCAAGAAAGAGCGAUUCUCUGCCCUACAAAUGAGGAUGUGAACAAGAUAAACCAGCAUAUGUUGGAUAAACUUGAUGGUGAGGAAAAAGUUUAUUUAAGCUCCGAUAGCAUUGAUCCAUCUGAUACAGGAUCUGUUAAUGAUCAGGCUCUCACUCCAGAGUUUCUCAACACUAUCAAAGCAUCUGGUUUACCAAAUCAUAAUCUCCGGUUGAAGAUAGGAUGCCCUGUGAUGUUGUUGAGGAAUAUUGAUCAUGAUGGAGGUUUGAUGAAUGGGACAAGGUUGCAGAUUAUAGAAAUGUAUGAUUUUUGUGUGAAGACCAGAGUUAUUACAGGAAGAGAAGUCGGGAAAGUAAUACUGCUUCCAAGAUUGUCUAUUACACCUUCAGACAAGAAGUUGCCAUUCAAGAUGAGAAGAAGGCAACUACCAAUUGCUGUGGCUUUUGCUAUUACUAUUAAUAAAAGUCAAGGACAAUCUCUUUCAGAAGUUGGCAUAUUUCUACCUAGACCAGUCUUUUCUCACGGGCAGCUCUAUGUUGCUAUAUCUACAGUCACGUCUAAAAAGGGUUUGAAAAAUUUGAUUGUUGAUGAGGAUGCAAAGCCUCAAAAACAAACAAAAAAUAUUGUUUUUAAAGAGAUAUUUCAAAAUCUGUAAUUUUUUUUUUGUUUAAGACUCUACAAUGAAGUUUUAUGAGGAUAAUAGUUUUUACUUUCACAACUUUGCGUGUGUGAUUACGCUGAAAUAAUAAAUCAAAACACAUCAAUUAUGAUAAACUAAUCAGUCACUAUCCUAAUCAAUUAGCAUUCCAUAUCUAUUUUCCUAACUAUCAGAAUCAAUUCCAUUCCUAAAACAUUUCUAAUAUUGUAGCUUUAAUAGUCCAA